CUACCUACACAGUCAAACAGCCUAUUUUCCUAAUUCUCGUCGUCCUUGAGAUUCAGUUGUCCACGUACGCCGUACGCAUCUAUUGAUCUGAAACAGAAGUCUCUUUUUUCCUUCUCCUGCUAUUUUUUAUUCAACCCCUCAGGUCUCAACUCGGCCUCAUCUUCAAACCGUUCUCCAAACCUACUGGUACACUACACCCAUAAACCCACCUCGCCCAGGUUUUCUGAGACAGCCUCGUCUUCACAAUGUGUAGAUGGUUCGCCUACCUCUCACCUUCGGAGGAAUGUCUCCUGGAAGACGUCCUGAUCAGUCCUCCUCACGGCCUCGCCAAACAAGUCCACGACCACUACCUGCCGAAGCUCUUCUCCCACACUCCCGGGGAAGAGACCACCGGUGAAGAGAUCACUCUGCGCAACCGACUGUUCAACGUCGACGGCUUCGGCAUGGCUUGGUACACCCACACCCGCUCCGACUUUGUCGCGACGACCGAAGGGAUGCGUCCCGCCGUGUACAAGCACUCGCAGCCCCCCACCAACGACGCCAACUUCCACAGCAUCUGCGCCAACACGGCGACGACGGCUCUGUUUGCCCACAUCCGCGCCGCCACCGGCACCGGGGUAGCGACCAUCAACAACCACCCGUUCACCUUCGGUAGGCACACCGUCAUGCACAACGGUCUCAUCUCCGACUUUGCCGACAUUCGUCGAGCCAUGCUGCCCUUGCUGGCGAAACCAGAAUACGAAAACGUCCUCGGUACCACGGACUCGGAACACUUGGCUGCUUUGUACAUGACGAACCUGACCAGAUCCCAUUCCAAGCCCACACCCUCUCAGUCCUCGUUGUCGUCAUCUGCAUGGGAAGAGACCUACCCCCCCUCCGAAAUGCUCGCGGCCCUAGUCUCGGCCUUCAAAUCCAUCAUCGCCCUCCAACAGGCCACCCUGGGCCCCGAGAACGUCAAGGCCUGCUCCCUCAACGUCUGCUGCACCGACGGCCGUCGGCUCCUCGCCGUCCGCCUGCGCAACCACGCCACCGAGCAGCCCCCGAGCCUCUACUACUCCACCAGGGCCGGCAUCACCCUCAACCGAAAGUACCCGGACUCGGCCGCCGGGGAACAAAACCCCAACGCGAGUAGAAAGGCUGCCGAGCACGGAAAACACGUCAUCGUCGCCAGUGAACCCACCACCUACAAGGCCGGCGAGUGGGCCCUGAUCGAGAAGAAUCACGCCCUCCUCGUCGACGCGCAGGGGAACGUGACCCUCGAAGCGGUCGAGCUGCCUCAGGAGUUGAUGGCACUGGCCGCCACGGGCAAGCAUUUCUAAAUGAACACCGUGGAGUUUUAUUACAUAGCUCGAGACAGUGACAAAAAAGGACAAAAAAGG